AUGAUUCCUCCAAAUCAACUCCAAAUAACCAACGAUUCGCAAACACCAACCAACGCCCCAACUCCAAGUGGCGCUCAAAUACCCAUCGACCUUCAAACCAUGCUCAUGAAGAGCUUCGAGACUCAGCAAGCCCAAAUUGCGACCCAAAACACGAUGCUCGAAGAAAUGCGAAAAGAAGCCGCGAACCGAGAGAAAGCUUACGAAGAUCUUCUCAACAAAUUUCAAGACAUUGGUGUCAAGAACACGGCCUCCCCAACCUCUGAAACGACCAAGAAGAAGAAGGCGCCAAGAGCUUCAACAGGCUCAAUCCCAAACAAGCCGCCAAAGUCUUCCAAGCCGACUCCCAUUAGGAAACCAUCCCAGUCUUCAACUCCUCAGAGACAAUCGACGCCAUCAACAUCUCGUGUUAAAGCCACUGGUCCACCAAAACCAUCGCCAAAAAGACAUGGUGCUCAGUUGAACGAAGGCGAGUGGCCAGAAGGAUUCGAUGGCACAAAGAAUUGCUUCUAUGUCUUCAUUCGAAUUAUCUGGGGGUUGACAUCAUCGUCUGCUGUACCCAAGCCACCAGAUCCCGCACAUCUCGCUGAAUUCAACUCUCGGUUCUCGCAAUCAUCCGAAAUAGCAGGAGUGCUGGACAGCACAUCAGCCAAGGAUCUCGUCGAUCAAAAUGAAGUUCAAGUCCCCGCCGCUGAUCGUGUGAACGUGGGUGGAAGUAUUGUGAACAUUAAAGAUUUUUUUGUUAUCUAUACGAAAGCGAUGUUUGCUAAGCUCGGUAUACGACAAUGGUGUCCUGAUCUCGAAAGUGCUGAAGACACCCUCUGGAACGAAGCAUGUCGAAUCAGCGCACUGCGGAUCUUUCGACAGUGGGUUGCCGCCGAUGCGUUUGCUUACAUGAAUAUCAACAAGGCUUUCAUCAACGACAUACUCCUCCUUGAACGCACCUAUAAUCACUAUGUUCAUUUUUUGUAUGGCCGUAAGUACAGGAGGGAAUUGAAAGAAGAAGGGAAAAAUCAGAAGGAUGAUGAGAGGAAAAACACUUUAGCUCGUCGCCGAAGGGUGAGCCUGAUUUUGAUCUUUGAGUUGAUGUUUGAUACUGAUCUGUAUGUAUUUGCGUUUCACUUCCAGCUUAUGAAAGCUCGAGCCAAGCACGCCAACCAACACAAUUUCCCAUCGAGAUACCAGAAGAUACUCAAAGAAGCCGAAGCUCACAGCGACGAUGAGUGGUCAGCCAAGCUACAAGCAUACGUAGUUAAGACUCCUGUUUAUCGGUCGGCCAAAGCGGGGAUUUUCAUUCGAAGGCUGGAUGAUCACAUGAAGAUCUCGAGUGAAAUCGGUCCUGUGUCAAAAGUCAAGCCACGAAAACGAGUUCGCCCUCGACCACCUAGAGAGUCUACGUUCACCAAACCUCCGAGAGGAUUACCGAUCGACUUUUAUGAUGCCGACUGGUUCAAUAACACUCUCUCCGUAUCACAACGACUCAACAUAGCUGAUUGCAACAACGUGGCCUUGCUGCCAAAUCCGGAAAUGUCGCUCUUGGCUAAAACCCAUCCGGACGAAAGACUGAACGGUAGAAAGUUUACUGAAAAGCAUUGGUCCGAAGGUACUAAACAUUACAACUUAGACCAUUUUAAGGAGCCUGAAGAUGAUGAUGAGGGUUCAGAGUCUGGGAAUUCAACUGCAAAAGGUGGUAGUGUUGACUUGGAAGAUUUUGAAGACGAAGAUGAGGAUGAGGAAGGCGAGAUUGAAGAUGGGGAGGAAUUUGAAGAUCAAGGCCAAGGAAAGGGCAAGGCCCCCGCCAAGGGCCAAGGGCCCUUGUUUGUGGAUGAUGAAGAGAUGGAGGAUGACCGCGAGGAGGAAGCGCGAGAUGCAAGAUACGAAGCUUGGAAGAACGUUUAA